AUGCCUGACUUCAAGAUCUCCGCUUCUCUUGAGGGUCACGGCGAUGAUGUUCGCGCCGUGGCCUUUCCCAACCCCAAUGCAGUUUUUUCAGCCUCUCGUGAUGCCACAGUCCGCCUCUGGAAGCUCGUUUCAACCCCGCCCCCCACCUACGAUUACACCAUCACAGCGCAUGGCCAAGCAUUCAUCAACACCUUAGCUUACCUCCCACCAUCAUCCGAAUACCCCGAAGGUCUCAUUCUAUCGGGUGGCCAAGAUACCAUUAUCGAAGCUCGGCAACCUGGCAAGAAGGCGGAUGAUAAUGCAGACGCUAUGCUGCUUGGUCAUGGUCACAAUAUUUGCGCUCUGGAUGUCUCUCCGGACGGUCAGUGGGUUGUGAGUGGUAGCUGGGAUUCGACAGCUCGCCUUUGGAAAGUUGGCAAGUGGGAAGCCGAUGUGGUAUUGGAAGGACAUGAAGCCAGUGUCUGGGCUGUGCUAGCUUAUGAUAAGGACACCAUCAUCACCGGCUGUGCUGACCAAAUGAUUCGCAUUUUCAAUACAUCAGGAACGCUACUCGGGAGCGUUAGGAACUCCAACGACGUCGUUCGAGCCUUGUGCAAGGUUCCUGCGUCAAACCCAACUGGGGCACAAUUUGCAUCCGCUAGUAACGAUGGAAUUAUUCGACUUUACACUUUGCAGGGUGAUCUAGUCGCCUCGCUUCACGGCCACGAGAGCUUUGUUUAUUCCCUUGCUGCACUGCCUUCAGGCGAGCUCGUCAGUGCGGGAGAAGACCGAACCGUUCGUGUCUGGAACGGAACUCAAUGUGUGCAAACCAUUACACACCCUGCCAUCUCAGUAUGGAGUGUCGCAGCGUGUAAAGAAAGCGGCGAUAUCGUCACUGGUGCUAGUGAUCGCAUUGCUCGUGUCUUUAGUAGAAGCCCAGAACGGCAGGCGGCGCCGGAAGUCAUCCAGCAGUUCGAUCAAGCAGUCAGAGAGUCAGCAAUUCCAGCAGAACAAGUUGGAAAGGUCAACAAAGAACAACUUCCGGGUCCCGAAUUCCUGCAACAAAAGUCAGGAACGAAGGAAGGUCAGGUACAGAUGAUUCACCAAGAUGAUGGCAGUAUCACUGCCCAUACUUGGUCAUCUGCGACCCAGGAAUGGAUCGCCGUUGGCACGGUGGUUGAUUCAGCAGGAAGCAGUGGCCGCAAAACAGAAUAUCAAGGACAAGAGUAUGACUACGUCUUUGAUGUUGAUAUUGAAGACGGCAAGCCUCCGCUCAAGCUCCCUUUUAAUGUCUCACAAAACCCUUAUGAAGCAGCGAACAAGUUCAUUGGUGACAAUGAGUUGCCCAUAUCAUACUUGGAUCAGGUUGCAAAUUUCAUUACACAGAAUACCCAAGGCGCCACCCUUGGUCAAUCCCAGGAGCCAACAACUCAAGGCGCAGACGCUUGGGGCUCAGAUCGACGAUACCGCCCCGGGGAUGGAGACACCCCAGCCACUGAAACCGCAGCGCCGCCUCCCCCUCAACCACGCCCUCAAGUUCUACCCCAGAAGACUUAUCUAUCAAUCCGGUCUGCCAAUCUGAAGGUUAUUGCAAAGAAGCUACAGGAGCUUAAUGAGAAGGUUCUGGCCGAAGCUGGGAAAGAUAUUGCCUUGGAUCCGACUGAGAUGGAAGCUGUAGUUGCUUUAUGCAACCAGCUGGAGUCCUCUUCAAAACUUGCGGAUUCAAGUGUUCUGGAAUCUGGAGUCCCAUUGAUUUUCAGAGUCGCAACCUCCUGGCCUGAAUCCACCAGACUUCCUGGACUGGAUCUCCUGCGUCUACUUGCUGCCGCUGCACCAUACACGGCGUCCACGGAAUAUAACGGCAACAAUCUUGUAUCUGGAAUUAUCGCUAGUGGAGUAUUCGAUUCGCCUCUUAACGUUAACAACGCGAUGCUCACCAUUCGAAUGCUUGCAAAUCUCUUCGAGACUGAUGCUGGUCGGAACUUGGCCAUAAGCGAAUUCGACCGGAUUGUUGCUGCGGUCAAGUCCGCUUUGGCCAAUAGUGAUUCGCUAAAUCGCAACCUCACCGUCGCGACUACGACAUUAUACAUCAACUUCGCCGUCUACAUCACUUCUGAAGGCAGGGAACAAGAUCCUGAGUCUGCAGAGCGAGGACUGAUACUUCUUGAGGAGCUUUUCAAGAUCAUCGCCAGCGAGAAGGAUUCUGAGGCCAUCUACCGAGCACUUGUCGCGGUGGGUACUUUGGUAAAAUCUUUGGGUGUUGAAGUCCAAAGUGCUGCCAAGGAAAUCUACGAAGUUAACAAUGUUCUCGCGCGGGUUUCUGGGACAGCGGCAGGAAAAGAGCCGCGGGCGAAGGGCAUUAUUGGCGAGAUUCGAGACAUCGCUCUUUGA